AUGUCUGAAAAUUAUGAGGAGAUCGUCGAGGAGGAAAAUUCACUUACAAUGUUAGACGUGCUCCGGGAAGAGAAUCAAUUGGAGGAGGACGCGUACGCGGUUUUGGGUGCAUCCGAUGAUAAAAAUUGCACCUACAGCAAGGGUUACACACGACAGGCUCUCUACGCGUGCAAAACCUGUUGCGAGAAGUCAGUACGUGCCGGGGUUUGCCUUGCCUGCAGUUUUCAUUGUCACGAGGGUCACGAGCUCAUCGAACUGUACACUAAGAGACAUUUUAGAUGCGACUGUGGCAAUUCAAAGUUUGGAGGAAAGAAGUGUAAUCUGGAUCCUUCAAAGGAUUCGACAAAUAUAGAGAACCAAUAUAAUCAUAAUUUCGAUGGCCUUUAUUGCAUUUGUCAAAGACCUUAUCCGGAUCCAGACGAUACGGUUAAUGAUGAAAUGUUACAGUGUAUAAUCUGCGAGGACUGGUAUCACUCGAAGCAUUUAGAAUGUGAAAAGGAAAUACCAACAGAUAGUGGAUACGACGAAAUGAUUUGCGCUGGUUGUAUGAAAAAGAAUGACUUCCUUUGGAAUUAUGCCAAGAAAUAUACAGCUUUUACCGCGACCGAGAUCUCCGCCGGUGAUAAAGAAGAUGAAUCGAUCGAUGUGAAAAAUAUACCAAAAAGUUGCACAAUGCCAAGAAAUAAUCCCGCAAAACGAAUAGUGUCAGAAGGAAGUUGUUUUUUGAUGGAAGGAUGGAGAUCCGCUCUGUGUACUUGUGAAACGUGCAAAGAGCUGUACCGAGAGAAACACGUGGCGUUUCUUCUCGAUCCAACGGAUAGUGUACACGCAUACGAGGAAGCCGGCAAAAUAAAUAGUCGAGAGUCACAGUACGAAAAGGGUAUGAAAGCCCUUGCCUCUUUAGGCCGUGUCGAACAAUUGACAGCUAUCGAAGAAUACAAUAAUAUGAAGGAACGGUUGAAACAAUAUUUGCAAAAGUUCGCUGAAAACAAGAAAGUCGUGCGAGAAGAAGAUAUAAAGGAGUUCUUCUCGGAAAUGGAAUCAAAGAAGCGGCCAAAAGUAGUAAUACCUACGUAUUGUCGUUGA